CCAUCAGAAACUACUCUGCCUCAUCUCACCUCUCGAUGAACUCUCUUCCCACAUUUAUCAAGUCUAUCCAGCAACAAAAGUACCAUGCCCUUAAUCCAAAAACAAGCAAAUCAACAUACAUCUUCCUCAAUCUCCAAGACAACACACUAAACGACAUCGACAAAUCCUAUAACUCAAACACCCAAAUAACCGUCAAUCCCAAUCAUCCACACUACACCCUCGGAACCCUCUCAACCCUCCCCCUCGAAAUCAUCCACCUAACACUCCUCCACCUGGACAUCAAAUCCCCAAUCACUUUCCAAACCCUCAACAAACACGCAAGACGAACAGCCCACUCUCUCCCCCAAUACAAACGCAUCCUCACCCAUACCCCAGCAUUAAUCCGCGCAACCCUCAACAUCCAAACUGCACAAUACUUCACCCUCCAGGAUCUCCACAACCAACUCACCACAACCAAAUGCGACAGUUGUGGUGAUUUCGCCGCCUACAUAUACCUACUCACCUGCCGUCGCGUCUGCUUUCUAUGCUUCACCCAGAAAACAGCCUACCUUCCUUUAUCACAGGAAGACGUAAUCCGCAAAUUCGGUCUCCAGUCUACCCAUCUCGCCGGGUUACCUCACAUGAAGAGCUUCCCUGGAUGUUACUCGCCCCGGGGACUGGAACGUCGUCGGCGGAAGACUUUAUAUGAUUAUUCUGCUCGUCGGAAAACCGGCAUUCGUGUUCAUGGGACGGUUAAAGCGAUGGAAAAGUUCUCAGCGGAGGUGCUGAGUGAGAAAUUGAAGACUUACUUUCUUUGUAUUAAUCAUAAAAUGCGAGUUACGCGACCUAUAUGUAGGGAUUCGUUUGAUGACCGAUCUUCGAAUCCAAAGCGCUUUAUGGGUAUUAUACGGGUGCCGUGCUUCCGAAUUGAAUUUAAACCAGGGGGAUCGCUGGAAUGGGGGUUUCAUUGUCUUGCUUGCAAAUCGUUGCAUUGUGAUCGUCCGCUGCAUUGGGGGCGUAUGUUUACCACUGAGAGUUUUCGGGCUCAUUUGGCUGAGUGUGGGGCGGUGGUGAAGGGGAGAUAUGUUCGUUGAACUAUACCUACAGGAAUGUGUUGCUACUACUACU